AUGGACGCCGAGUUCGUUGAUGAAUUUGAGGCCUCUUUAAUUGACGAUAUAUUUAACAGCGAGUUCCGUUCAAAUAAUGCUGUCUACGAGACCUUGGGUAUCGUACCAGACAUGGAUGAAGAAAAUGAAUUUGAGCAACGAGUGGAAGAACAGUGGUUAUACCUUGAAAACGUGGAAUGCACCAAGGAAGGAGCUCGUGUAACCGUUAGGGUAGCUGAUAAUGGAAUCGACAAAACAGUCAAGAUUCGAUACACGCGAAAUAAUUGGCAAACUUUCCAAGAUGUUGAUGUGCAAUCUAGAGAAAAUACACUCGAUAAACAAUCAGAAAGUUCCGGAAUAUCCAACUCCGCUUCCGACAAAGGCAACAAUGUUGGAAAAGUAACCAGAACACCUGCCACUGUACAGUUUAUCUUUGAGCUUGUGAUGUCCAUGGAUUUUGGAAUUGGUUCUCGUCUAGAAUUCGCGAUUUACUGUGAAACCGAUGGUCGCACUAUAUAG